UGCUUUCCACUGAUUACUGAUAAGCGCCAUGGGAACAAAGCUAAAUAUUUUCCCGCUGAUUCUUUGAUAGUGAAAAGAGGGUCUGAAUGUAGUUGGCAUGUUAAAAUAAAAGUAAAAAUGGACCUCACUACAUUGCGAACAGGUAAAAGUGUUCAAAACACCAGCUACGUUGGCGAUUUAACAACAGAGUUUAGUCACGAUAUUCAUGCGAGGUUUUUUUAGUUCGACUACGAAUCCCAGGAUUUUCCGAACACAAUCUGGUUUAACAAGGGCACUCAUGAUAUUUUAAUAAAUGUAGCUAUGUUUCUGCCUGUUUGCAUUUUAGGAUUAGCCGGCAAUUUUUGGGUGAUUUAUGUUUUGAAAAGCAACAAACACAUUAGAACGCCGACUAAUUUAAUUGUGGGCAACAUGGCAAUUGCCGAUAUGUUAUCAACCAUAGUGUAUCCAUGCUUUAUAUUUGUUUACGACUACUUUCAGAAUUACCAACUUGGUGCUGUUGGUUGUAAGGGCGAAGGCCCACUAGAAUGCACAAUUUUAUUAGCAAGUGUUAUAAGCAUGUCAGCAGUAACGUACGAUAGGCUGACUGCGAUAGUUUUGCCAAGUGAGACUAGAAUCGACAAGAUGAAAUCUAAAAUAGUUAUUUGCUCCACGUGGAUAAUUGCGUUAAUCUUGUCUGCUCCUUUGGCUAUUUUCCGAGAAUACAGGGAACGAAAAUGGAAAAAUUUUGAUGAAAGAUAUUGCACAGAACAAGUAAUAGUUACGAAUAUUUAUUGGUAUGUUAUUAUUACCGCUUUGGUGUGGCUGCCGUUAACGAUACAGAUCAUCUGCUAUACCACCAUAUUCUUUAAGUUAAAUAAAUACGAGAAAAUCAUCGUGAAGUCAUUCAAUCAUCAUCAUUUGGGAUAUAAGAAAAGCGCAGCCAAAAUGAUGUUCAUUGUGAUUGUGACUUUCAUGAUUUGCAGAUUGCCUUUCACAGCUUUCAUCAUUUACCGACAUCAAAUGCUAAAAUCAAGCAGUACAAAGACAGCAGACGUAGCAAACAUUAUUAAUGGUUUAUAUCAUUCCUUAUGGUUCAGUUCAAAAUACUUGCUAAUAGUGAAUGCAGCAGUGAAUCCAUUGAUAUAUUCAGUCACAAACAUAACAUUUCGAAAUGCAUUCAAAAAAACAAAGUUGUGCCAAUGCUUGUUUGCAGUUUCUAGGAAAUCCGAUAUCAAGCCAACAAAUCCAAAGCAAAAACGUAUUCUAACGACUCACAGAUGUGCAAAAAAAAGAGCCAAUAUUUUUCUUAUUUUCAAAAAAGACGUUGCUAAAUCGACCCAAGGUGACACCAGCACGAAAAUAGUGGCGACAAAUAAUACAAAAUUGUAAUAAAUAUAAACAUAAAAUAGUU